AUGUCUAGAUUAAACUCUCAUGGGGCGACGGGGCUACGGAACAUCAACCUGGAAGAGAUAUGGGCCGACCUGGAGGGUGGCAUAAAACAGGUGUACAAACAGGAGCAAAGCCUGAGCCCCGCCCGUUAUAUGCAGCUUUACACCCAUGUCCACAACUACUGUACUAGCGUUCAUCAACAGCCGACUAGCCGGCAGACUGCAUCGAAGAUUUCCAAGAAGGGAACGGCGAUUCCUUCCGGCGGAGCUCAGCUCGUCGGUCAGGAGUUGUACAAGAGAUUGAAGGAGUUUCUCGAAUGCUAUCUGAUCAAGCUGCAGGAAAAUGGCAUCGAUCUGAUGGACGAGGAAGUUCUGAGCUUCUACACGAAGCGAUGGGAAGAGUACCAGUUGUCGAGAAAAGUGUUGAACGGCCUGGUUCGCUACCAGUAUUUGUUGCCCACCUACUUCCAGAGAGAAGAACUGAUGAUUCCGUGGCCGGGCUAA